GCUGUGUUUCUGUGUGCGUCUGUGUUUCAGUACUGGACAGAUUUCUACCUGCAGUGGAACACGUCCGACUAUCCUGGUGUGACCAACGUCAGAUUCCCCGACAACCAGAUCUGGAGGCCGGACAUCCUGCUGUACAACAGUGCUGAUGAAAGGUUCGACGCCUCAUUCCACACCAACAUCCUGGUCAACUCCUCUGGAUACUGUCAGUACCUGCCACCAGGGAUAUUUAAAAGCACGUGUUACAUCGACGUCCGCUGGUUUCCCUUUGACGUGCAGCGCUGCGACCUGAAGUUCGGCUCGUGGACGUACGGCGGCUGGUCUCUGGACCUGCAGAUGAUCGAGGCGGACAUCACCGGAUACAUUGCCAACGGAGAAUGGGACCUCGUGGAGGUUCCUGGCCGCAGAAACGAGCGUUUCUACGACUGCUGCAAAGAGCCGUACCCAGACGUGACCUUCACCGUGGUGAUGAGGAGGAGAAACGUCUACUACGGACUCAACCUCCUCAUCCCCUGCGUCCUCAUCUCCACCCUCGCUCUCCUCGUCUUCCUGCUGCCCGCCGACUCUGGAGAGAAGAUCUCCCUGGGUAUCACCGUGCUGCUCUCUCUGACCGUCUUCAUGCUGCUGGUGGCUGAGAUCAUGCCGGCGACAUCUGACUCAGUUCCCCUCAUAGCUCAGUACUUUGCCACCACCAUGGUGAUCGUGGGUCUGUCCGUCAUCGCUACAGUUCUGGUUCUGCAGUAUCAUCACCACGACCCCGACGGACACAUGCCUCAGUGGACUCGGGUGAUUCUGUUGAACUGGUGCGCCUGGUUCUUGAGAAUGCGGCGUCCGGGCGAGGCGAAGGUCCGCCUGGCGUGUCAAAAUGCCUCGAAGCGUCAGCGCAGCAGUCUGUCCAGCCUGGAGCUGAGCGUCAGUCAGGGCUCUCUGCGACAUCAACCGCCCGUAACCAACGGCAACCUGCUGUAUGUGGGCUUCAGGGGGAUGGAAGGGCUUCACUACACCUCCUCUGCUGAACCCGAGCUCCUCUGCUCUCGGCUGAUGGGAGGCGGCGGGCGCGGAGGAGGACAUGCUGAGAGCAGGGGCGGAGCCGGAGGAAGGGGAGGGAGGGGUUAUAGGGGCUUGACCGUGGAAGCGGAGCUGAACCUGAUCCUGGAGGAGGUGAGGUACAUUGCCCGGCGUUUCCGACAGGACGAGGAGGAGACGCUGUGCAACGAGUGGAAGUUUGCUGCGGCGGUGAUCGACCGGCUGUGUCUGGUGGCAUUCUCGCUCUUCACCAUCCUCUGCACCAUCGGCAUCCUCAUGUCCGCUCCAAACUUUGUGGAGGCCAUUUCUAAAGAUUUCUUCAGCUGAGGAGGAGGAGGAGGAGAGCUGACCGACCGAUCCUGAUGUCUUUUGUUUUCUACUCUAAUAACGUACAGACCCAAACCAGCAACCUGAACGUC